GGUAAGAACAUCAUAUGCAGGGUUGUCCCCAAGGAUUUGAAAUAGUGGGUUGCAUUUAAAAAAUAGAAGGAAAACUUGGGGUUACUCCUCUAACAGUAAAUUGAGGGACAAUCCCAAAAUAACCAGGGCAUCAUAUGCCACUAAUUUGACUAAAGGGGAGAAUCCCCUGGCUCUCAGGUCUUAGGGACAGCCCUGUAAUAUGGAAUGAAUUUAUUGUAAAUAGAGCUGUCCUCAUAAUAAUCACCCAUGCAGUGUACAUUCAAUGAAGUUCUUUUGGACUAGUAAUAAAAAACUAUCUUUUACAGACCCAGCACAUAUGCUGCAAGUAUCAUCGUCAUCUCAGCAGCACGUACCAGUAGACAUAAGUGUGGGCCUGCCAUUUGCUGUGUAUGAAACAGUUGUAGAGUCUUGCAAACUUUCAGAGUCAGCACCAUCCACAACUACUGAAACAGAUCACAGCUACAGCAGACCACUUGUAGACAGGUUUCUAACAACCAGUGAUGAUGUUGAAGAUAAAGGUACACAGACAGACCUCACUUCUGAAGACAUGAACAACACUUCGAGAGAAAAUGAACAAUUAAAGGCAAAACUCAGUGAUAAAGAUGCACUUCUCAGAAACCUGUUCAUUGAAAAAGUAACCAAAAAUGACAAAUCUAUCCAACAAUAUACUGGGUUACCAAAUUUAGAAACUUUUAAUAAAAUUAGUGACUUAACAUUAAAGUAUGAACCAAAUUUGAAAUACUGGACCGGUGAACAUAGCGAAAACGAAAAAAGCUAUCAAAAUAGAGGGAAUAAGCCCGGUCCAUCUAGAAAGCUAUCAAGGUACCAGGAAUUGAUCCUUACACUUGUGCGAUUUCGCCUUGCAUUGCCAGUGGUAGUUAUGUCUGAUUUAUUUGGGGUGUCUUGUUCCAGAAUCUCUUCUAUAUUCUCAACCUGGAUUUUUUAUAUGUAUUUCAUGUUUAAAGAUUUCAUUUUCUGGCCAUCCCGAGAACUAGUGAAGAAGUUCAUGCCAAAAUCUUUUUACAAAUUUCCAAGGACCAGAGCUAUCAUAGACUGUUCAGAGAUUUUCAUUCAGAGACCCAGGGACCCCUCUGUAAAUGCUAGGACAUAUAGUACAUAUAAAUCUCACAACACCUUUAAAUUUCUGGUGAGCAUUACACCAACAGGUGCUUUUAACUUUGUGUCUCAAAUAUGGGGAGGGAACACUUCUGACAGGUACAUUACCAUGAAUUCUGGUUUCUUAGAUUAUGUGUCACCGGGAGACGAGAUUAUGGCUGACCGGGGUUUCACCAUUCGAGAUUUACUUACAGAGAGACAUGCUUAUCUGAAUAUACCACCAUUUACUCGUAAGUGUACUUGGGGCAAAGGGAAGUACCUUACAUCUACUCAAAUUAAAAAAACCCGUCAAAUUGCAAAUUUGAGAAUCCAUGUUGAGAGAGCCAUUCAAAGGUUGAAAUCAUUUAAACUAAUUUCUCAGAUUCUACCCUGGAGUAUGAAAUCUUUAGUCAAUCCGAUGAUCAUUUUAGGUGCAUUCUUUUGUAACUUAAAGAAACCUCUUGUAACCAAGUGACACUGUAUGCAGUUUGAAUCAAAUAAAUCCCAUGAUCUCAUUUUAAACAAUAUUUAAUUUUGUCAUCAAUCUUGAAAAAAAAAAAAAACAACAAAUAUCUGCAUUUACUUUAGUGCUACUAACUUGCACUGUCUAUGUUCAAUUGUAAAUCAUGAGUUAUACACUUGUACUACAUUUACCAUCUGUAAAACAUGGUCAGAUAUUUGACAUAAAUCUAUAGAAGUUAGCAUUUGUGAAACCUGGUCAGAUAAUUGACUGAAUUCUGUAG